GGAGAGACGGGGCGGCCCCAGGGCGCCUUCCGCGCCCCCUCGGGCUGCCCGACCGCUUGCCGGAGCCGCCGCGUCCUAAACGGGGCAGGAGAGGCGCGCCGGGCUCUUCUGCGUGGCCUCGGCCGCCGGGCUGCCAUCUUCCUCCGCGAAGGCUUCCGCUGCGCGCCGCCCGCGUGUGGGUCUUCAGCAUUACUGAGGACCAAAUCCAGGAGAACACUAAAGAUUUGUGGGGAGUGGCACAUAUACUAGGAAACGUUAACUUACAGCCAAGCAAACUCCAGGAGCGGGACCCCAAAGGAUCUCCAACCAAACAGAUGAUAAUAUCCAGAAUGUCCCAUCUCUAUAAUUAAACUGGUUUCCUCCCCUUUGAUGACUCAACAAUGGAUCCCAUAUCAUUCAAAGUUAAGAAUCCUCAAACCAGGGAUGGCUCAGUGGACUUCACUCUUCAGCUCGUAGGCUCUCUGCCAGUGCACUCUCUGACCACCAUGGCAGUGCUGCCUUGGGUUGUGGCAGAGAUACGGCAAGCGAGCGCACAGUCCUCAAAGGAAGAGCCUGGCACCAGCCAAGUCCGACUGUAUGUCUCACCAGCCAAGUUGUGUUGUGAAGCAGAUACGGGAGAAAGUCAGCAGUGGGAUCCUCUGAUUUGUUGCAGCUUGUUUGAACACAGUCCAAAGCAUGUCCACAAACUGAUUCACAACAGCCACGAUCCGAGCUAUUUUGCCUGCUUAAUAAAAGACGGAGCUGUAAAUCAGCAAAGUAUCUGCUAUGUAUUCAAAGCUGAUGAUCAAACAGAAGUGCCCGAGAUUAUAAGCACUAUCAGACAAGCAGGGAAAAUUGCACGGCAAGAAGAGUUUCAGAAUAACCUUUCAGAUGUUGAAGAUCCUUUUAGCAAAAAAUUUGAGGUGCUGUUCUGCGGCCGGAUGACUGUGGCUCACAAAAAUGCACCUCCGGCCCUCAUAGAUGAAUGUAUUGAAAAAUUUUAUGAUGUUAGUUAUACCAGAACCUUGGGCUUUAGUUCCUUCUCCCAACAUCAAGAAACUGCCAACCACUCCAGAGGAUUUUCCAUCAGUGAUAAAUUCCGAUCUGUCUUCCAACCUUCAGUAAAUGAAGAACAGGAGAAAAGGCCGAUGAGGAAAUCCUACUCUCAGCCAGGACUACAUUCUUUUUCAUUCAAGAAAAAUUUGCAAGACAGAGGCCUAAGGAGUAACAGCUUUGCCAGAUCCUUUGAUGAAGAUGUUUCUCUGAACUUAAGAAGUGGAUUUAUUCAUGGACAAAAUGUAGUGCAGCCAAUGGAUAUUGCAGGAAACCGCAUUAUGUUGUUUACGAUUGGCCAGUCUGAAGUUUACAUUAUCAGUCCUGACACCAAAAAAGUAGUCAUUGAGAAAAGCUUUAAGGAAAUUUCGUUUUGCUCUCAGGGAAUUAGGCAUGUGGAUCACUUUGGAUUUAUCUGCAGAGAGUCUUCAGAAAAUGGCAGCUUCCAUUUUGUCUGUUAUGUGUUUCAAUGCGCGAAUGAAGCUCUGGUUGAUGAGAUCAUGAUGACUUUGAAACAGGCUUUCACGGUGGCUGCUGUGCAACGGUCCUCCAAAGCACAGUUCCAGCUCUGUGAAGGCUGUCCCAUGCAGAGCCUGCACAAACUUUGUGAAAAGAUCGAAGGUCUCCAUCCUUCUAAAACUAAGCUGGAACUCCAGAAACAUUUAUCAACAUUCAACAGCCAAGAACAGGCCUCUUUCUUUGAGGAAGUUCAGAAAACAAGGCCAAGGAAUGAACAAAAGGAGAAUGAGAUGAUAAUUUCAGUUCUGAGAAACGUGUAUGAAGAAAAACAGAAGGAUCACGUUCACCUUAGUGAAGUCAAACAGUCCUCCUUAGAGGCCGUGGGAAAUGAAACGUCCAGCAAUGCGCCCAGGUUCAGACUGGAAAUGUUGAAGAGCAAAGCUAAAAGGUCACUGACAGAGUCGCUGGAAAGCAUUCUGUCCCGAGGAAGUAAAGCCAAAGGUCAUCUAGAAAGUUCUGCAAGUAUUGAUUUGGACAGUCCCCUGUCUAGUACUCUCAGUACUACAAGGAAAGAAACAUCUCUAUGCGAGAAAGAACUCCUUCCCCCAGAGAGUCUGCUGAAGGCUAAUGGCUCUGUGAGCAGUCGGUCCAGUGAACCCGAGAGCCCUCCUUCUUACCAGACAGCAAAAGCAGCUUACCAGGGCUUUCGACGGAGAGCAAACUCCCUGAGCCACGUGCCCCCUGAGAGCCAGGCAUCUUCCGAAACCCAUGAGGCAUCACCCUCCACCCCGCAAAGAAAACUUAGGAGGCAUCACUCUGUCAGCACAGAGACUCCUCGUCAACAAAACAGCUCAAAAACGUCUUCUGAUCAGUCUUCUGCUCUUCCUCUUCCUCCUGCAGCUGUCCUUCAUCUCUCAUCCCCCUCACCCAGUUUCUUUAAGCAUUUCAGGCAUAAUUCCAGUGGAGAGCAAAGUGGGCAAGUUGUACCAAAGAGCACCUCCUACCGUUCUGCUCUGCGGAAAAAGCUUCACUCUUCCUCUUCUGUGCCAAACUUCUUAAAAUUUCUGGCUCCUGUAGAUGAAAAUAACACCUCUGACUUUAGGAAUACAAAAAGUGACUACAAGCCCAGAAUAGGUGAAGCAGAUUCUGCCUAUGAAACACCUGUGAGGACCCGCCGGCAUUCCUGGAGACAACAGAUAUUUCUGAGAGUGGCAACACCACAGAAAGGAUGUGAUUCUCCCUGCUGGCAGGACGACUACUCUGAGCUGGGAGAGCUUCCCCCGAGGUCACCACUGCAAGCAGUUUGUGAAGCCGGCCCCUUUCGGACCAUAACGGAAGAGAGGAAAAGGACUUCCAAGGAGCUCCGGGAGCUGUGGCAGAAAGCCAUCCUCCAGCAGAUCCUGCUGCUUCGGAUGGAAAAGGAGAACCAGAAGCUGCAAGCUUCUGAAAGCAAUCUGCUAAACAAGCGUCUGAAGCUUGACUACGAAGAAAUCACCCCAUGCCUCAAAGAAGUAACAUUGGUCUGGGAAAAAAUGUUGAGUGUGCCAGGAAGAUCAAAGAUAAAGUUUGACAUGGAAAAAAUACAUUUUGCUAUUGGAAAAGGAAUUCCUAAGCAUCACCGGGGUGAGAUAUGGAAGUUUUUAGCAGAUCAGUACCAGCUGAAGCAUCAGUUUGCAAGUAAACAGCAACCCAAGGAUACACCUUACAAAGAACUCCUAAAACAGUUAACAUCGCAGCAGCACGCCAUACUUAUUGACCUAGGACGCACCUUUCCGACCCACCCGUACUUCUCAGCCCAACUUGGAGCAGGGCAGCUGUCACUCUACAAUAUACUGAAGGCCUAUUCCCUCCUGGAUCUGGAAGUAGGCUACUGCCAGGGACUGAGCUUUGUGGCGGGUGUGCUGUUGCUCCAUAUGACUGAAGAAGAGGCUUUCAAUAUGCUUAAGUUCCUCAUGUUUGACGUCGGCCUUAGGAAACAGUAUCGACCCGACAUGACAAUUUUACAAAUCCAGAUGUAUCAGCUUUCUCGGCUCCUUCAUGAUUACCACAGAGACCUCUACAAUCAUUUUGAAGCACAUGAAAUUGGACCUAGCCUAUACGCUGCCCCCUGGUUUCUUACAAUGUUUGCUUCUCAGUUCCCGCUGGGAUUUGUGGCCAGAGUAUUUGACAUGCUGUUUCUCCAAGGUUCAGAAGUUAUAUUUAAAGUGGCUUUAAGCCUGCUGGGAAGCCAUAAGCCCUUGAUUCUGCAGCACGAAAACUUGGAAACGAUAGUUGAUUUCAUUAAAUGUGCUCUUCCAAACCUGAGCUUGGUACAAAUGGAAAAGACCAUUAACCAGGUAUUUGAGAUGGACAUCUCCAAACAGUUGCAAGCUUAUGAAGUGGAAUAUCAUGUACUUCAGGAUGAACUGAUAGAUUCGUCCCUCAAUGACAAUCAAAGGAUGGAUAAAUUAGAAAAAGCCAACAGUAGUUUACGUAAACAAAACUUUGACCUCCUUGAAGAGCUACAGGUGGCCAAUGGAAAGAUCCAAAACCUAGACGUCAUGGUUGAGAGCUUGUUGAGCAAUGAGAGUAAAUUGAAGCAGACGGUUCUCGCUCUAGAACUAGAGAGGAAAGCCUUGCUGGAGACAGUGGAAGAAUUGCGUACACAUUCGGGAAGGGCCAUUGGAGACCCUCUGCUUACCAGACAACAGCACAUGGAUGCUGCUAUUUAACAUGAGGAAAAAAGCAAGAUUUACAUGGAAAAAGAAAAAUCUGAAAUGGAAUUGGAAUCUUUAAUAUUGUCCUUCACGUUGUCCAUGCCUUAAUUUUGGAACAAAAAUAUUGCACAAAAGAGAAACAUGUUACUGUGCUUAUUCAUUUCUAAAAUUCUUUUAGAUGACACAUGUAUAUGCAACACAACAAACAGAAGAGCCUUUGUCUGGUCUGGCGGUCAUUUUGCUUUUGACCAGCAUGCCUACAUGUAUUUUAUUUUCCAACCACUGUUAACAUGCGCAAUCCAGAUUCCCCAAUAAUUGCUUCUUUCUCCAAGGGCUCCUUAUUGCUUUUAGGAAACUCCCUUUUCAAGAUGAAAAGCUGCAAAAGUGCUGGAAAAUGACUGAAGUAGGAGCUCCUGAACGGAUUUUUGCCUCUGUUUAGAGGUCUAUGAUGUAUUUAUCUGUGAUUGGACUUAGUACCUUUCUGACUUUAUUUUUGCCUGAACUUGAAAUGGGUUCCACAAAUCAUGUUGGGUUUUAAAAACUUUCAUGUUGCCAGAAAAUACCAAUGUAGUGAGCCAGAGAAAGCUGAAUUUCACCAUGAUAUAUUUUGGAGUUACUAUUGGUUGUUAUAAAUGUGAUAUUUUAAUUAUACUUUUUAUUUUUCUAUUAAUAUCUAAUAUUACAGUGUGGUUAGCACUUUGAUUGUAUUCUGGAUACUCUUUCCCCCCCCACCCUCGUGCGUGUGGUUACGAAGCCUGAGACUCUGAUGCUAUUAUGGUGGAUCAUGCCUUAAGGUUUCAUUUUAUUUAUUUUUUCAUCAUUGUGUGUUGUACCACUUUAUUUUUCAAAUGGGAAACCAAAUAACUUUCAUUUUUUAAUUUCCACCUUGAAGGUCAUUUAAAUGUCACUUUCUGCAAUUGUGGAUGCGCUUCCGAAUGUUGGAUGUAUGCCAGAUGUAGCUAAACUAUUUUUCACAAAACAGUUAACUGAUGAUUGAACUAGGAACAUAAGCUUUCUUAACAAUAACUUUUGAAAGCUUGUGUUUAAAAGAACUUUGUCUUUUAAUUAAAGUAUUUUUCAGAUCAGUAAAAAGCA